AUGGCUGGCGAGUUCGGAAAUCCUGACAGAAAAAGCAGCUUGAUCGAGCCCCUGACAACAAUAUGGACUAUACCUGGCGGCUGUCCAUCGCCUGUGCCAUUAGUCGACGAUAAUCACACCACUCUCGACUCUUCCUGCUAUCCACCUGACGAUUGGACUAUCUGGGAGAGCCUUGGCUUCUACUCCCCUGGCAUCUGUCCUCGUGGAUACACCUCAGGAUGUAAAGUAACGGAUUCGGCGUAUGGUGGGACAGUCCGUCCGACUGAGACGGCGGCCAUAUGCGUUCCUAGCUCAUACUCGUGCUCCGACUACCUUAUCUACGCGAGCUCCGUCUCUGGUAACGACACCAUCACAGUCCCGGCAUUCCAGAUCAGAUGGGCCAAGUCUGACCUCACUGCCUUUGAAACCUCGAGGUCAACAUCCAGCAGCGCCACUUCCACUUCGAGCUCUAGUUCGACGUCACAUCCUCAUCCCACAGGCCUGCCCACUGGUGCAAUUGUGGGUAUAGCCCUCGGGUCUGCAGCAGUUGUAGCCAUACUCUCUGGGUUUAUGUUCUUUUUGUUUCGUAGAAGGGGGCGGCGUGGAACACAAAAGAGUCAUGUAUCACCUGAUAAAAACCCUCCGAAAGAUGGACUUGCAGAGCUGGAGACGCCAACACAGCCUGCAGAAUUGGCGACGGCGACGAGGUCAUCGCAGGGGAGAGGGUCGGUUCACGAGUUGCAGCAAGGAGGAAAGUCCACCAUCCCAGAGCUGGGCGGAGCUGAUGGGAUGCUGCCGGAGCUUGCUGGUACUUUAGGAACAGGGGGUAGGCAUGAACUUGGCGCAGAAGAAAGGUCUAUACCAGAGCUGGAGGGGAACAACGGUUCUAGACACGAGUUGUCUUGA